AUGUUUGUAACUACUACCGCUAUUAUUCCAGACGUUCUUGCUCCAGACGCAGCGUUCUUCUUCCAUUCCUCAUUCACGUCAGUAUUUUUUGAUGCUAUUAUUAUAUUUUUGUCAAGCCUAUGGUGUUCAUCCAUGCUUUUUUAUUAUGCUCUUCUCAUUUUCUUUUCUCCCAUCCUAUACGAAAUGGGUAUAAGUUAUUCUGGAACUUGA